UCCGGCGCGGGGGGGGCUGUCGGUCGGGCCGGGCCGGGCCGGGCCGGGGGCCCUGAGGCGGCGGCGGCGGCGGCGAUGUUCGUGCAGGAGGAGAAGAUCUUCGCGGCGAAGGUGCUGCGGCUGCGCAUCUGCGCCCUGGACGGCGCCGAGUGGCUGGAGGAGGUGGCCGAGGACACGGCCAUCGAGCGCCUCAAGGAGCGCUGCCUCAAGCACUGCGUGCCAGGCAGCCUUGAAGACCCGAAAAGCGUGACGCACCACAAACUCAUCCACGCUGCUUCGGAGAAAGUGCUGAAUGACACCAAGACCGUCUCGGAGGAAAACAUUCAGGAUCGAGAUGUUUUGGUCCUCGUGAAGAAAAGGGCUCCACCAGCACCUCCCAAAAUGGCCGAGGUCUCUGCCGAGGAAAAGCGGAAGCAGGAACAGAAGGCGCCCGACAAAGAGGCGAUCCUGAAAGCCACCACCAACCUCCCCUCCCACAGCGUGGAUCGGAGCGUGGCCCACCACAACAUGAGAGACUUUCAGACGGAGCUUCGGAAAAUCUUGGUCUCGCUCAUCGAAGUGGCCCAGAAGCUGUUAGCACUGAACCCAAACGCUGUCGAACUCUUCAAGAAGGCAAAUGCCAUGUUGGAUGAGGACGAGGAUGACCGAGUGGACGAAAUCGCUCUGCGCCAGCUGACCGAAAUGGGUUUCCCUGAGAGCAGAGCCAUCAAAGCCCUUCGCCUCAGCCACAUGUCUGUGACUCAGGCCAUGGAGUGGCUCAUCGAGCAUGCCGAUGACCCCACAGUCGACGCCCCCAUGCCAGGCCACGUCCCCGUGGAAAGCGCAGGCGAAGAAGUGGGGCUGGCCGUCCCCCAGGCAGUCAAUGGGGCCAGCUCAGCAGAGGAGUUGAAGGACGAGCUGACGGAAAUAUUCAAGAAGAUACGGAGGAAACGAGAGUUCCGUCCGGAUCCGCGGGCGGUGGCAGCCUUAAUGGAGAUGGGCUUUGAUGAGAAAGAAGUGGUGGACGCCCUCAGGGUUAACAACAAUCAGCAAAACGCCGCAUGCGAGUGGCUGCUGGGCGAGCGGAAGCCGACCCCAGAAGAUUUAGACAAAGGGAUCGACCCUGCCAGUCCCCUUUUCCAAGCCAUCUUAGAAAACCCCGUGGUGCAGCUGGGGCUGACAAACCCUAAAACUCUACUCGCUUUUGAAGACAUGCUUGAGAACCCCUUGAACAGCACGCAGUGGAUGAACGACCCUGAAACCGGGCCGGUGAUGUUACAGAUCUCCCGGAUCUUCCAGACGUUGAAUCGCACCUAGAGGGCUCCGGCUAUCUCCGCUGCGCCCUGUUGGGUUUUCUGCUUUGCUCCCACCCCGGAAGGAAGCCGAGGAGCUUUGGGAAGGCGGCGCCCGAAGUGUGUUUUCUUUCUGCCUUUUGAGUCUUUGGGUUGACGUGUUAACGGACUUUCGGUUUGGUCGCACUUCCGGCUUCUGCCCCGUGCCGUUUUCCUCUCUUUUAGAUGUAGUAGGAGACCGUGGGAUGAGAACACCGUCCCCUUUCCUUUCGACUGUUUCUAUUUUUGUUUUAAAAAAAGAAAGAAAGAGAAUGAGAAAAUGAUCCAACGUCCUAAACCGGCGUUUGCCAAUUGGCAAUCCAACCACUGGAAAAAAAAAUAAAGACGGCUUCCUCCGUACGCGCAGAGCUCCGGGAAUGGCACGGGGUUCGUUUUUGCACGCAAGCUCUUCUUUCUCGGGAUGUUUGGUUUCUCCUCUUAAGUUAUUUCUGUUGUAAAAAUACAGAAGGGUUUUUAAACUGA